GUAUAUAAAGUGGCGCUUCAUCCAGGCAGCGCCACACUCGUCGUCCCCGCCGCCGCCGCCGCCGCCGCCAUGAAGGUUCUGCUUGCUGCCGUAGUUGUGGUGUGCUGCAGUGCCACACCAGUGCGACACAAACUAUGGAAGACUUACCUCUACUUUGAGAACACAAAUCCAGCAGUGGUCAAGAUUCCAAAGCCAGACAUCAACCUCGUGGAGACUUUCGAUACGCAGCGUGUUUCCGGUGUCGUAUCGGGCCCCGCGGUGGAGUCCCCAGUGCCCUCUCCCGUUCUAGUUAAGCGUCUCGAUGCACCUCCCACCGAGGAGGAAGUGCGUCUUACUCCCGUCCUUCAGAAAUCUCCUAUUCCAGUCCCAGUCCCCGUCCUCCUCACACUGGAGCCUGUCGAGGGUCCCGAAGACAAUACAGUCUCAGUUCCUGGAAAGGAAUUGGUUGCUGACGAACUAGCCGACGCUCAAGUGGUUGCAGUUGGUACUCCCGUGGUGGUGGUGGCUGCACCAGAACCCCUGGAAGCUCCAGAGCCGCCUAUGCCUUCUCUUAGUAUACCCUUCGUGGGGGGUCAGUUCCACGCUCAGGACGAGCUCAAGCAGUACUCCUUCGGCCACUGGGGAGGUCCCAGCACCCGCGUGGAGAGCAGGGACGCCAUGGGACGCACCAAGGGAAGCUUCGCCUACGUCAAUCCCGACGGAGACGUGCACGUAAGAAAAUACUCUGCAGCUCCCACCGUAGGCUUCAAGGUGGCCGCCUCAGACCUGCCCGACGACACGCCCGAGGUGGCCAGACUGAAGGCCGCCCAUGAACAGGCUCAUCUUGCCUUUUUGUCUUUUAAAGAGGAAAUGGCUUGAACCUUUGACUCUUGUACAUAAUGUUGAUAGCAAACCGUGUGUAUGGUAAAUGAAUAUAUGAUAUGUAGUGUUGAUAGCAUGUUGUGCGUUAUGAAUAAAUGUAUGAUGUAGAA